AAAUAGAGUCGUCCCACGUCAAGGAAAUCACAACAUUACUCAUAAACCUUGAGAGCAAGACAAUCAAUUCCUCUUUUCUAAAUUUAGAAGUUGGAGAAAAUGGCAACCACUUCUCUUCCAAGACUUGUUGUGUUUAACGUCCCAAAAGCCGGUACAAACACUUAUGUAUACCGCAAAGACGAUGGGUCUGUUGUUGAUGGAGAAAACGACAAGUUCAGCGAGCUCGUCAAGAUCGAAGUUGAACGAUCAAAAACCAAUAACGAACGCGUUCAUCUCCGAUUUUCUCAUAAAAACAGAUAUUGGCAAAAAAACGCAAGUGAUGACUCCAUCGUGGCGGUAUCAAACAAGCCUGAAGAGGAUACCACGAAGGCGUCCUGCACGCUCUUCGAGCCCGUCCAGCAAUCGGACAAUGUGGUCUACUUGACUCACGUCCAGACCGGUUGGCGCGUGAUGCUGAACAACUCCACGGGGGGUUUCUACGUGGACAAAAACAGCGUGGGCGCGCCUCUAGGGUUUGUGGACUGGGACACAUUGGUCAAACUGCCGAAACACGUGGCAUUUUUAGGAGACAACGGGAAAUACCUCAAGGCACUUGGACAUAAUGGGUUCAAGUACCUCCAGUUCGGAAUCGACGAUCCAAACGACAUCUUAUCAGGCAAUGAAGUCUCACUGAUGCGCGACGGCCACGUCCGGAUAAAGUCUGAUCUCUGGGGUUUGUACUGGCGGUGGGCCUCUAAUUGGAUUUACGUGGAUUCCGACGACGUCACGGCCAACAACAAAAGCACUCUCUUCUGGCCGGUCAAAAUCAACGAAAACACGAUCGCGCUGAGAAGCGCUGGCAACGGCCUUUUCUGCAAGCGCCUGACGGAGGACGGGAUGGAAAGUUGCCUUAACGCGGGGGUGAGCAACAUCACGAGCGAGGCGAGAUUGCAAGUGCAGGAGCUGGUGAUGGAGAGGAAGAUCUACAACGUGACGUAUCGGAUGGAGGACGCCAGGAUAUACGGGGAGACGCCUUAUUUGGCCGGGACCACCACUGUCGACAACUACGCGGACGAGGCGGGGUCGAUCGCGGUCUCAUUGAAGUAUAAAGACACUUCGUCUUACUAUUUCACCCGCAGCGUGUCUUUAACUGCGGGGGUGACUCACACUAUGACGGCGGGGAUACCCGGGAUUGGGGAGGCGGGAAUUGAGAUGUCGGCUGAGAUAAGUACGGAGAUGGAGUGGAACGACAAGACGACCAAGACGAUUGAGGUUUCGGCGAGGGGUUCGGUUCCGGUGCCGGCGAAGAGUUCAGCGGUGGUUCAUUAUGUGGGGACGAGGGGAACCUGCGAUGUUCCCUUUUCCUAUACUCAGCGGGAUAGGAGCUCCACCGAUGGGAAAAUCACGCAGACUGAACAGAUUGAUGGUGUUUUCACUGGCGUCAAUAAUUACGGCUUCAAAUUCACUGUCGAAAAAUACCAGCCUCUUCCUGAUCAGUAAUAUCAUAGCAUGCCUUUGCUUUUGCUUGUUUAUUGUUGUGUUUGUGUGUGAAAUUAGAUUAAGAUUGAGGGUUUUUUUCAUCAACUUCUUCCAACUUGUUUUUUUCCCUCUCAAUAAGCCAUGUACUAUUGCCUGUGUGGCCUUCUAAUAAACGAAAUAUUUUUAA